AUGGGACAGAUACUGCGCUGUGGGAUUCGCACCUGGUGCCUCCACUUCAAUAAACAACCCCAAAAUCAGCAGAGACUCUCCAGUGCGAGGAAGUCAACAUCUCAAGCUGGUUUCAAAACUUGCAGAACAGACUACCUGUUAAGACACCUUCCUCUGACAUUCUUCAGGAAUCGAGUGGGGAACGUAGAAGCCCGCAUCCCGACUAUGACGACAUCAGAGAUCAUACUAACAGUUGAUGAAGACCUUGAAACUGAGCUCUCGAUCGAAGACACGAAAUGUCGAGUCGAUAACGCGUUAUUGAUUGGUUGUUAUAAGUGUUCGAAGGGAGCUGUAGCACAAGUGACAUGUAGGUCAUCUAAACCAACGCUUGCGGAAAUCAUUUGUGACCAAACGAGUUUCACUAUCAAGUGUAACGAAAGAGGGCAACAAUCUUCCCUGCUAUUCAGUUUUUCCCAGGCUAGAGUGCAUAUGACGUGUUCGGUUUCGUGUGGUUCGGAGAUAACAAAAUUUGAGCUUAGUGGCAUUCUAAAGUUCACCCAAACAGCUCAAGCGAUGGCAAACUACUGGGUCAAAGGAACGAGAUGGCGAGUAGGGAAGAAGGACGGCGACAUCAAACUGGUCAUUCGAUUCUGGCGAUCAACACGAGUUUUGGACCAACAGCAAAUCCAAAUGGAACUCGAAAUGGCAGCGAUUUCUCUACAGCGGCAGAAGAAAAUUGCAAGUACCUUGGUCACUCAAUGGAAUCAUCACAAGAACGAGCAUACCUUCAUCUGCGCGUCGGCAGGAGAGCAGUUUUCGUUCACAACUCACUGCUUGCGUGAGGCGGAGGUGACGAAGGAAAAGAUCCUUCGCAUGGGAACCCGUUACCUGAUCAUGGACUUUCUCUACGAGUAUAUUACGGAGUGGGGUGAAGCAUCGAGUUUCGGAAGACAAGACUUCAUCGCACGCAAACGAGACUACGCUUUUGGACCAGAGGCUAUUCGGGAUUUGAUCACCACCCAGCGUGACAUUCUCGACAUAGAGAUCACCGACAUGAAGGCCAUGAUGGAGCGUCAGGAGCGAGAAAUGAAAGAAAAGGAUCCUUUAACGAGUAUGCAUGUGCAGCGAAUUCGUUCAGAAAGAAAUCGAGAUGCUCUCAGAAGGAAAAUGGAUGAACAACAAUCUGAGAUGAUGCUCCUCCAAGAAACUAUGGCAACAAAGACGACCCCCGCUCUCACCGAAGAACAAGAGGAUAAUGACCAGGAGCUCGAAAAUGAAGAAGAUGAAAUAGAGGAAUUCGACGGCGAGGAAGGGCCGGACAAUCUAGACAAUGAUGACUGUUAUUGGAACAACAUGGUCAGCGAAGUGACUGACGAAACGAGUAAUGAGGAUGAAGCGAGCAAUGAGGACGGAACGAGUAAGGAAGGUGUGCCGAGUAAUCAUGGUCUACCAAGUAAGGAUUCGAUUAAUGACAGUUAUAAGGUAGAGCUUCCGGCUCCUAGUAUUCACAGUACCGUGAGAGAGGUCGAGGAAAAGUUAUUACAGAUGCGCGUUCACCUCAACCGCUUCCCAUUCCGAGAUCGAAGGGAUAAGUCGCAGGGAAUAUCUCGCAAAAGAACUUGCGCUUUCUGUGGGGCACGGGGAGUUCAUUUUUCCGAUGCCUGCCCUUUCGUUCGUAACGGCGACACGCGUUACAAUAUCAUUGACAGGAAGGAAUGGUGUGUCCACUGUCUCGAAGCUCCAAAAGGUCACCCAUGUAGAUACCGUAAGAGGGAGUGUUUUUAUUGCUAUCGAUUAAGUUUUACAGUUUUCGAAGAUUUGCGUCGAAGUGAUGGAGGCUUCCACCAUCGUGCCGUUUGCAAUGUUCCUGACAAAAAAAUGGUGGCGUAUGCACGCAUGAAGGAAACAGAGCGAGAACUUAUGGCGGCUGAAGAGCGUGGAAGAAAGGACGGCCAGAGAAUGACGUCAUUCCGUUUUACAGUUUUCGAAGAUUUGCGUCGAAGUGAUGGAGGCUUCCACCAUCGUGCCGUUUGCAAUGUUCCUGACAAAAAAAUGGUGGCGUAUGCACGCAUGAAGGAAACAGAGCGAGAACUAUGGCGGCUGAGGAGCGUGGAAGAAAAGACGGCCAGAGAAUGA